AUCCUGACAGCUGAUUUGAGUUGUGAAGACGUGUACCUUCCGUGCCGAUUUAAACGUCUUGGUUGUUCGUUUGCAUUUAUUUAUUUUUUUUAUAACACCGUAUUUCGUUGACAUCGUUGCGCGGGGUUUGUUUUCCUAAUGGCCACAGUAGAGGAACUGAAGCUGCGGGUGAGAGAGCUGGAGAAUGAAUUGAUCAAGUGUAAGCAGAAGCAGUGUGCCAUGGAGGAUGCACUUCACAGACCGAAAAUUGACAAAAUGAGCGCUGAAGUUGUGGAUUCCAACCCAUACAGUCGUCUAAUGGCUCUUAAGAGAAUGGGCAUCGUGGAUGAUUACGAGAAAAUUCGAACAUACACAGUAGCUGUGGUUGGUGUUGGUGGAGUUGGCAGUGUGACAGCUGAAAUGCUCACUAGAUGUGGCAUUGGUAAGCUGCUCCUCUUUGACUACGAUAAAGUAGAGCUGGCCAAUAUGAACCGACUGUUCUUCCAGCCUCACCAGGCAGGCCUCAGUAAAGUGGAAGCAGCAGAACACACACUCAGAAACAUCAAUCCAGAUGUGUCAUUUGAAACCCACAACUACAAUAUUACCACUAUGGACAAUUUUACACAUUUCAUGGAUCGCAUCAGUCGUGGAGGGCUGGAAGAAGGGAUGCCGGUGGAUUUGGUCCUGAGCUGUGUGGACAACUUUGAGGCCAGAAUGGCCAUUAAUACAGCCUGUAAUGAACUAGGUCAGAUCUGGAUGGAGUCUGGUGUCAGUGAGAAUGCUGUAUCAGGACAUAUCCAGCUCAUCAUUCCUGGAGAGACAGCCUGCUUUGCUUGUGCCCCUCCUUUGGUGGUGGCAGCUAACAUUGAUGAGAAGACCCUAAAGAGGGAGGGUGUGUGCGCUGCCAGCUUACCAACAACCAUGGGUGUGGUCGCAGGCAUCUUGGUCCAAAAUGUCCUCAAGUAUCUGUUAAAGUUUGGCACUGUCAGUUAUUAUCUUGGCUACAACGCCAUGCAGGACUUCUUUCCCACCAUGGCCAUGAAAGCCAACCCCCAGUGUAACGAUCGCCACUGCAGGAAACAACAGGAGGAGUACAAGAAGAAAGAAGCAGAGCGACCCAAGGUGGAAGUUAUAGAGGUAGAGGAGGAGGUUGUACAUGAAGACAAUGAGUGGGGUAUUGAACUAGUAUCAGAGGUGACUGACGCAGAGUUACAGGCUGCAUCAGGCACUGUGCCUGACCUCCCAGAAGGCAUCACUGUGGCUUACACCAUUCCAGCUGAGGAUACAGCAAGUGGAGAGACAGUGGGGGAGACUGAGCAGAGCCUAGAAGACUUGAUGGCUCAGAUGAAAAAGUUAUAGGCAGCAACCUGAAGACAUAUUUCUGCUAUUCAGAUUAAACAUGCCUUUUCUCACUUGCAUCUUCCAUUGCUUUCUUUGAUCAUAAACAACCCAAUGAUGGCUGCUUGAGGACAAAACAGUCAAAGCCAAAUAGUGAGAACCCAGAAUUAAUUUCUUCUAACAGCUAAAAAAGGAGAAUGCAUGAAAAGUGCUGCUGCUGAUGGCAUUACUUUAGUGAACACACACCAAAAACAUCCAAAAACAGUUCAGUGUGUCAUUUGGUGAUGUACUGGGAAGGUGUGUAGUAUGGAAGAGUCUAAUAAGAUGUCUCUAAACCUAGAAUUAUAUCACUGUUAGUACAUUAACAUGUAUCAUUGUUUAUUUUCUUACAGUUUUGAUUAGUGAAUGUCUGUGCUCUGUCAUUCACUCAGCUUUAAGAAAACAUCUGCGACAAUAGUACUAAUGAACAAUGUCAUCAAUAAAGUUGUCUCAAUAAAGUAUUUAUUAGAUGGAAUACAAUCUACCCAA